UGAAAUUACCCCUAAAUACAUAUAUGACCGUGUGACGAGUACUCGUCGGAGCCAACCCCCACACGAAGAAGAAGCCCUAAAUACGUCCAUUAUCUCAAAAGAUCUUUAUAUUUCGCGAUGGUUCGCUAAUCUUGUCGAUCCUUAAAUUAUUAUUUUAAUCAACAAAUAUUAAAAAUUUUAUAUACGAUUUUACCGUACAAGUAUUAGAGCGAUAUUUUUAAGAAAAAAUGGAUAAAAUAGCGACUGCGUUUAAUGCACGAUUGAUUGUAGCAAACAAGCAACAUGAACUUGCAGAUAGAUAUAAGAAACUUAAGACUGAUCAAGAACGUGUAAUAUUUACUUUCAAUGUUAUGCUCGAGUACGAUAUGGUUCCUAGUACAACUGGUAUACCAAAAAAUGCCAAAGAAUCUGAGAAAUUACGGGAGCAAGGCAAUAAAGUUUUUAUCAAAGGGACUUUCAAUAACAUGACAUGCAUUGAUGCUCUAAAAUUAUAUACGAAGAGUAUAGCCUUUGCACCUUAUCCAUCUGAGCAGCUUGCUCUUGCCUAUGCCAACAGAUCAGCAGUAUUAUUUCAAUUAGGUUUACAUUUGGAAUGUAUUCAGGAUAUCGACAGAGCGCUAGCCCUAAAUUAUCCUGAUAAUCUGAGAGCAAAGCUUUAUGUACGUAAAACAGAAUGUUUAAUAAUUUUGAAAAAUUGUUCUGUGGAAAACAUUUUGAGGGAAGCGCAGCAUUGGCUAGAUAAAAUGUCUUUGAAUGAUGUCAGUCGAGAAAAAUUACGAUCAAAACUUGAUUUUUUACAUUAUAAGGCUGCACAGACAGAACAAUCUGUUAAAGAUAAUUUGAUAUGCACGAAAGUGAAGAAAUCUGAAAAUGAAUCUUUUCUCCCUAUUAUUGCAUCCCACAAUGAUGAAGUUCCAUGCGCAUCGGAUGCAGUAGCUAUAAAAUACAACACGCGCUAUGGCAGACAUGUUAUUGCUACUCGUGAUAUUCAGCCCGGCGAAGUAAUUGCUGUGGAGAAGCCUUACACAUUGUUAUUAACGCAACGAAAUGUACAGACGCACUGUUCAAACUGCUUGGAGGUGUGCUGGACGAAUAUACCCUGCAACUAUUGCACUUAUGCUAUGUAUUGUUCGGAGGAAUGCAGAUAUGCCGAAUGGAAAAAAUGUCAUGAUGUGGAAUGUGCUGUCUUCCCUGCUUUGAUUGAAUAUGAAUGUUAUAAUCUUGAUUUACUUAGCAUAAGACUUAUUGUGCUUGCUAUAAGAGAAGCUGGUGAUAUAAAAAAAUUAAGAACCAUGCUGGAAAAACUUAAUGAAUGUAAUGAUCCACGGACAAAGGGCUUUUCUCAAGAUGGAAAAUUAUAUAGCGAUAGAUAUAUUAGCGUGUACAGUCUUGUGACAAAUACUGAUAAAAGGUCUGUUUCCGAUCUAUUGAGGAGGUCUUUGGAUACUUGCCUUAUUUUGUACUUCUUAGCGACACGUACUGUGAUGUUUGGUACUAAAUUACCGGAAGAUUUAAGCAUUUUGGCGAAAAACGAUGAUGUUACGUUUAUCGGAGGUCUCAUUUUAAGACAUCAACAGAUAAUUCCCAGCAAUAUUCACACUUUCAGUGAAGAGCAAGGCUUAGAAUGUGUAGAACGCGGUAUAGCCGCAAUGCCAUUUUUGAGUUUAAUUAAUCAUAGCUGUAAUCCAAAUAUAUUCAGGCACUCUAGACCUAAACAUGUGGUGAUAUACGCCAUGUAUCCCAUUCGAAAGGGCGAGCAGCUCUUUGAUAAUUAUGGCGAACAUUAUGCUCUUAAACCGAGAGCAACGAGACAACAGAAGCUACUCAAACAGUAUUUUUUCACCUGUGACUGUAUUCCUUGUCAAGAAAACUGGCCUAUGUAUCAUGAAUUACAAUCAUUUAAGACUUUAGUGAAGAGAGCAGAGGACAAGACUAAGAUAAGAGAGGCGUUGUGGAAAUUUAAUACAUAUGUUGAUUUAGCGACAGAAGACAAUGUGCGAGAUAAACCUUACAUUAUCGAAGACUUAUUGAAGAUGAUACAAACAUUGCAUAAUUGCGCGCCGAUGCCUUGUGAGGAAAUGAGUAACGUUAUCGAGACAUUAAAACGCGUAUACGAUUUGAACGGGAAUAGAUUUGAAAUACCACAAAUAUGGACAUAUCAAAAGUAAAAACGAAUUUUAUUUAUGUUUUUCGACUAAUAAAAUAAUUUUAUUGUUACUGUUUGAUAUGUGACUAAUCUGUAAAAGAGAUUUUAUGGAGACAUCUUAAGAGAGAGAGAGAGAGAGAGAGA